UCUGGUGUAACCUUGCCUUUGCGUGGAGAUGGGAGGCGGCGGCGGCGGCAAGAAGGACCGCGGCGAGGGGCUGGGGCGCGCGCUGCUCCGGCAGCGCAACAAGCAGGCCGCGGCGGCCAAGGCGAGGGGCCAGCAGCUCGUCAUCUCCCGCCGCGCGCAGCAGGGCCUGCCGCUCGAGUCCGUCAUCGAGGUCAGCGACAUCGACGCCGUCCUGCAGCGGGCGGCCGAGGAGGAGCUCCUCCACGGGGAUGACGCCGACGGCGCCGCCGCCCUCACCGCCGCGCUAGGCUCAGGCCUCGUCGAUCUGGACGGGACGGGGGCGACGGCGGAGGAGAGGCGGAUUCUAAGGGAGGAGCAGGAGGCCCUGCACGCCGACAGCCUCAGGGUGCCUCGCCGGCCCCCGUGGACUCCCCAGAUGACGACCGAGGAGCUCAACAACAACGAGAAGCGGGCCUUCCUGGAGUGGCGGAGGAACCUCGCGAGAUUGCAAGAGAAUGAAGAACUUGUCCUUACACCUUUUGAGAAGAAUAUUGAUAUCUGGAGACAGCUCUGGCGAGUACUUGAACGAAGUGAUUUGCUCGUAAUGGUCGUCGAUUCUCGAAAUCCCUUGUUCUACCGUUGCCCUGAUCUUGAGGAAUACGCACAAGAAAUUGAUGAGCACAAGAGAACACUACUACUCGUAAAUAAGGCUGAUCUUCUACCGCUGAAUGUCAGGCGGAAAUGGGCAGAUUACUUUAAGGAACAUGAUAUCCUCUAUCUAUUCUGGUCUGCUAAAGCCGCUACCGCUGCUUUAGAGGGAAAAAAGUUAAACGGGUACACCGAAGAAUCAGAUACAGAUCUUGACACAAAGAUAUAUGGCCGUGAAGAACUCCUGGUGAGGUUGCAGGGUGAAGCGGAGUACAUUGUGAGCCAAAAGGGAACACCAGUUGCUCGAGAGGACCGUGGAUCAAAUUCUUCCGACUCUGCCUCGGCGCGACCCAAGCAUGUGGUUGUCGGAUUUGUUGGCUAUCCUAAUGUUGGGAAGAGUUCAACUAUCAAUGCUUUGGUAGGUGAGAAGAAGACGGGUGUAACAUCUACACCUGGCAAGACCAAGCAUUUCCAGACAUUGAUAAUCUCAGAAGAGCUCAUGCUCUGCGAUUGUCCUGGUUUGGUCUUCCCUUCAUUCUCAAGCUCAAGGCAUGAGAUGGUUGCUUGUGGUGUCUUGCCAAUUGAUAGAAUGACAAAGCACAGGGGUGCAAUUCAAGUGGUCGCAGAUCGUGUGCCGAGACAUAUCCUAGAACAGGUAUAUAAAAUCACCCUGCCAAAGCCCAAGGCGUAUGAGCAAGCAUCGCGGCCCCCAACUGCUGCUGAGUUGCUGAUGGCGUACUGUCAAUCUCGAGGGCAUAUCAGCCAUGCUGGGCUGCCUGAUGAGACCAGGGCAUCUCGACAGAUACUGAAGGACUACAUCGAUGGAAAGAUUCCACACUUUGAGCUUCCUCCCAGUGAGAUAGACGAUGAAUCUGACCUAGACGAUGCCAGUGACCUAGAAGGCUCAGCCGCUGCAGCAGCUGAUGAAUCAGAUGACUAUGCUUCUGAUGAAGAUGACGAGAAAAUCGAUCAAGGUGAAGCUGAACAAAACAUCAGUCACGCCCUAAGUGACCUUCAAUCUUUCGACCUGAAUGGCCAAGCGUCCAAGAAUUCCACAAAGAAGAAAGAGACGUCCCACAAGCACCACCGGAAGCCCCAGCGGAAGAAGGAUCGCUCGUGGAGGGUUGGAAACGACGGUGCUGAUGGGUCAGGGGUCAUAAGGGUGUUUCAGAAACCUGCCGUUAAUCUUGCUGCCUGUAGCACUGCAUUGUAGGUUAGUGCUGCGGUUUUACUGGCGUGUGUGCCGUUGUCGUUGUCAGACACUUUUUUGUAACAUCCGCCACAGUACAAGUAGAUGGAAAAUGUCGUUGAAACUAUACCUUCUCCCUAAAAAUAUUUAUCCGUUUUGAUUCAGCU